GCGGAGCAGCGCCGGGAACAUGAACGCGGCGGCAACGGCAGGGAAACUGGCGCGGGCCCCAGCUGACCUGGGGAAAGCAGGGGGCCCUGGGGCUGCAGCUGCCGGGGCCCCAGCGGCUGCUCCGCCGGCGAAGGAGAUACCCGAGGUCCUGGUGGACCCCCGCAGCCGGCGGCGCUAUGUGCGGGGCCGCUUUUUGGGCAAAGGCGGCUUCGCCAAGUGCUUCGAGAUCUCGGACGCAGACACGAAGGAAGUGUUCGCCGGCAAGAUUGUGCCUAAGUCUCUGCUGCUCAAGCCGCACCAGAAGGAGAAGAUGUCCAUGGAGAUCUCCAUUCACCGCAGUCUCGCCCACCAGCAUGUCGUAGGCUUCCACGGUUUUUUUGAAGACAACGACUUCGUGUUCGUGGUGUUAGAGCUCUGCCGCCGGCGGUCCCUCCUGGAGCUGCACAAGAGGAGGAAGGCCCUGACGGAGCCUGAGGCCCGCUACUACCUGCGGCAGAUUGUGCUGGGCUGUCAGUACCUACACCGAAACCGGGUCAUCCACAGGGACCUCAAGCUGGGCAACCUCUUUCUGAACGAGGAUCUGGAGGUGAAGAUAGGGGAUUUUGGACUGGCAACCAAAGUGGAAUAUGACGGGGAGCGGAAGAAGACCCUGUGUGGGACUCCUAAUUACAUAGCUCCCGAGGUGCUGAGCAAGAAGGGGCACAGUUUCGAGGUGGACGUGUGGUCCAUCGGUUGCAUCAUGUAUACCCUGCUGGUUGGUAAACCACCUUUCGAGACCUCUUGCCUGAAAGAGACCUACCUCCGCAUCAAGAAGAAUGAAUAUAGUAUCCCCAAGCACAUCAACCCCGUGGCUGCCUCCCUCAUCCAGAAGAUGCUGCAGACAGACCCUUCUGCCCGCCCAACCAUUCACGAGCUGCUCAGCGACGAGUUCUUCACUUCUGGCUACAUCCCAGCUCGCCUCCCCAUCACCUGCCUCACUGUUCCGCCAAGGUUUUCAAUAGCUCCCAGCAGCCUGGACCCCAGCAACCGGAAGCCGCUCACAGUGCUCAAUAAAGGCGUGGAGAACCCUCUGCCUGAGCGCUCCCGGGAGAAGGAGGAACCAGUGGUUCGGGAGGCAAGUGAAGCUAUCGAGUGCCAGCUUGGGGACAUGCUGCAGCAGCUGCACAGUGUCAACGCUUCCAAGCCUGCAGAGCGGGGCCUGGUGAGGCAGGAGGAGGCUGAAGACCCUGCCUGCAUCCCCAUCUUCUGGGUCAGCAAGUGGGUGGACUACUCCGACAAGUAUGGCCUGGGGUAUCAGCUUUGUGACAACAGCGUGGGGGUGCUCUUCAACGACUCCACGCGCCUCAUCCUCUACAACGACGGGGACAGCCUGCAGUACAUAGAGCGCGACGGCGUGGAGUCCUACCUCACCGUGAGCUCCCACCCCAACUCCCUGAUGAAGAAGAUCACCCUGCUCAAGUACUUCCGCAACUACAUGAGCGAACACUUGCUGAAGGCGGGGGCCAACAUCACGCCGCGGGAAGGCGACGAGCUGGCCCGGCUGCCCUACCUGCGCACCUGGUUCCGCACGCGCAGCGCCAUCGUCCUGCACCUCAGCAAUGGCACCGUGCAGAUCAACUUCUUCCAGGACCACACCAAGCUCAUCCUGUGCCCGCUGAUGGCGGCCGUGACCUACAUCGAUGAGAAGCGGGACUUCCGCACGUACCGCCUGAGCCUCCUGGAGGAGCACGGCUGCUGCAGGGAGCUGGCCAGCCGCCUGCGCUACGCCCGCACCAUGGUGGACAAGCUGCUGAGCUCGCGCUCCGCCUGCAAUCGUCUCAAGGCCUCGUCCUAGCCUCCCCGCUUGCCCUGUGGACUGGUGCCCCUCACUCCAGCAGCACCAGGGCCUGCGCUGCCGGGCUCUGGGCUGCAUUUGUCUCGGGCCCCCGGCCGGGGGGCUGGGCGGGAGCUGUGUCAGCCUUGCGGGUGGGCUGCUAAGUUAUUUUUGUACAUGUUCAGGUGUGGGUUCUCCAGUGUCUGCCCCUUCCCUUCAGCCCACCGCAUGAAUUGUACAGACAUUUCUGUUGAGUCCAGGACUGUCCUUUCCUUAGCUUUAUAUACAUUAAACAUGUGUAAAUCUGC